CCCCAGGCCAGUGCUCAGGUCGAGAGAGGUGCUGACAGGGCGGGGCCGCCGCUCGCCGCCGCCGGCCUCACCCCUCCCGCCAGGGACAGGUGGCUGGAGCGCGCCCCGCCUCCGCCAGCUGCGGGUGGGAGCGAGGGAGGGCCAGUCCCAGUCGGCAGCCGCUUGCUGCGAGCGGGAGUGAGUGAGCGCUGCUCCAGGACGGCCCGGCGAGGAGUCCGCCGGCAACCAGCGAGUAUCGUGGCGGCCAAAAAAAUGCUCCUGUCCCGAGGGGCCUCCGCGGGCCCUGGAGCUCCCGGCGGCGGCCUGGCUCGGCCGGGCAGCGCCCCGCAGGCCUUGGGGAUCCGCCUGAGCACGAUGAGCCCCAGCUACCUACAGAGCAACUCCAGCAGCCACACGCGACCCUUCAGUGCCAUCGCAGAGCUGCUAGAUAAUGCUGUAGACCCAGAUGUAUCGGCCAGGACGGUGUUUAUAGAUGUUGAGGAGGUCAAGGAUAAACCUUGUUUAACCUUUACUGAUGAUGGAUGUGGCAUGACACCUCUUAGACUGCACCGAAUGCUGAGCUUCGGCUUUACAGAUAAAGUAAUAAAGAAGAGCCAGCGUCCCAUCGGGGUCUUUGGUAAUGGUUUCAAGUCAGGUUCCAUGCGGCUAGGAAAGGAUGUUCUCGUCUUCAGCAAGAAUGGAAUUACUCUCACUGUCGGACUGCUCUCACAGACCUAUCUGGAACGGGUCCAGGCCCAGGCAGUUAUUGUACCAAUUGUUCCAUUCAACCAGCAAAACAAAAGAAUGAUUAUUACUGAGGAUUCCUUGCCCAGUUUAGAAGCCAUCUUGAACUAUUCGAUUUUCAACAGUGAAAAGGACUUGCUGGCCCAGUUUGAUGCAAUCCCAGGCAAAAAAGGCACUCGUGUUCUCAUUUGGAACAUGCGCAGAAAUAAAGAUGGGAAGUCUGAGUUGGACUUUGAUACAGAUCAGUAUGAUAUCCUGGUAUCAGACUUUGACACAGAAGAGAAAGAGACUGGUGAUGUUGCCUCUGAGCUGCCAGAAACAGAGUAUUCUUUACGGGCAUUUUGUGGUAUUCUGUAUAUGAAACCACGAAUGAAAAUUUUUCUACGUCAAAAGAAGGUGACUACACAGUUGAUUGCCAAGAGCCUGGCCAAUGUAGGAUAUGAUAUAUAUAAGCCUACCUUCACAAAUAAGCAAGUGAGAAUCACUUUUGGGUUCUCCUGCAAGAAUAGUAACCAGUUUGGAGUAAUGAUGUAUCACAACAAUCGACUCAUAAAGUGCUUUGAAAAGGUGGGAUGCCAGGUGAAGCCAACUCGUGGAGAAGGUGUAGGAGUAAUUGGAGUCAUUGAGUGCAAUUUCCUAAAGCCUGCAUACAACAAACAAGACUUUGAGUACACCAAGGAGUAUCGAUUGACAAUAAAUGCGCUUGCCCAGAAGCUCAAUGCUUAUUGGAAGGAAAAGACAUCUCAAGAAAAUUUUGAGACCUCAUACCUAGCUAGACCAAUACCGAAGAUUCCUGACCAGACUUGGGUGCAGUGUGAUGAAUGCCUUAAAUGGAGGAAGCUUCCUGGCAAGGUGGAUCCAUCUAUACUACCUGCAAGAUGGUUUUGUUACUAUAAUUCCCACCCAAAGUACAGGAGGUGCUCUGUUCCAGAGGAACAAGAAUUCAUUGAUGAAGAGCUGUGCUUGAGCAAAGCUAAGAAACAAGAUCAAACUGUUGAGAAGAAGAUGCCUGUGGAGGAUGAAGACCAUCAGGCAUUCGGUGAUCCACCAAAGAUACCUCCUAUUCAAGAUGUGGCUGGAUUGAAAGACAAGACAGUUGGAUGUGAAAUAAUUCAUAGUCCUAGCCUACUUCGGUCUCUAGAAAGCAGAUCACCUUCUCUUCAACUGAAGCCUCUGGAUUCCAGUGCUCUUACGUUUUCCAGUAAGUACAAAUGGAUCCUAGGUGAGGAGCCUGUGGAGAAACGAAGAAGACUCCAGAAUGAGAUGACAACACCUCUAGAUUAUUCCAUGUCUGGCUCUUACCUGAGGGCAGAGGCAUCUGUUGGCUACCCAGAAGGCGAGAACAGCCUUGACAAAUCCAGUUCUGAGAGAAGCACACCACCGUGCCUUUACCCAGAAUACCCAGAGGCAAGCAAAAAUACAGGUCCAAAUAGGGACGCUUCCAGUCUGUCUCCAGGGUCCCAAGACCAGCACCAGGGGUCCCUGCUUCCUGAAGAAUCAGAAGAUCAGAUGCCCAAAUUGGUAGCAGAAGAAUCAAACCGAAGUAGCACAAACGUAAACAAAGAAGAAGUGAACAAGGGACCUUUUGUAGCUGUUGUAGGUGUUGCAAAAGGUGUCAAAGAUUCAGGGGCUCCCAUUCAGUUAAUCCCUUUUAACAGAGAGGAGCUGGCUGAGAGAAGAAAAGCAGGUGAAUCCUGGAACUUAAUGCCUUAUUCUUUGGCUUCUGCCACAAUUCCUGCUGCAGCCACUAGGGAGAAAGGAAGAGGCUAUGAGGAGAGCAGACGUUGUAGUACACCAAAGACAAAGAACCAAAGAGAGCUGGAAGAAUUGAAGAGAACCACAGAAAAAUUGGAACGUGUUUUGGCUGAAAGGAAUUUGUUCCAGCAAAAGGUGGAGGAGCUGGAACAGGAGAGAAAUCACUGGCAUUCUGAAUUCAAGAAAGUUCAACAUGAAUUGGUGACGUACAGUACCCAGGAGUCAGAAGGCUUGUACUGGAGCAAGAAACACAUGGGUUAUCGUCAAGCUGAGUUCCAGAUUCUAAAAGCUGAACUGGAGAGAACCAAAGAGGAAAAGCAAGAAUUAAAAGAGAAACUGAAGGAGACAGAGACACAUCUGGAAGUGUUGCAGAAGGCUCAGGUCUCCUACCGGACCCAAGAGGGAGAUGACCUAGAAAGGGCUUUGGCAAAGCUUACGCGGCUACGUAUCCACGUCAGCUAUCUCCUUACUUCUGUCCUCCCUCACUUGGAGCUUCGUGAGAUCGGGUAUGACUCAGAACAAGUGGAUGGGAUCCUGUACACGGUGCUGGAGGCAAAUCACAUACUGGACUGAGCCCCAGACUUUCUCUCUCUCCUUUUCUCUCUCCCUUUCUCUCUCUCUCUCUCUCUCUCUCUCCUACCCUCUUAUUUCAAUCUUCUACCUUCUCUUCUUGUUCUUCUCCUUCCCCCUUGCCUCUUUCUGUCUCUACCACUUGUAUGCCUUAUGUAAAGAAUCUUUGAAAACAUCCUGGCUCUUAAUCAAUCUGCUUCUUACUCAGUUUUGGUGUGGAGAAAGAUGUUUAAAUACACUUUAAAGAGUCUAGGAACAGAAAAGAAAGUCAUAAAGUUAGGUGACAUGAAAGGUUUAAUUUUGAAGACCCAGAUACUUGGCCUGUUUCAUAUCCUUUCUAAGAUAGUUCAUGUUCUUAAAACAGUUGGCAAAUGCUGGGUCCAAUGUACUAAGUGUUCUGGGAUAAGUUAAGAAAUAAAAGUCACGGUUUCAGAUUGCAAGGAUGUAAUCAUCUAGUUGGAGAUACGAGACAUAUACCAAGUUGCUUAACUAUAUGUAGGAGUAUAUGAUAUGUGCAAGUGAGUGGUAAAAACCUGAUAUGGAAGAUCUGGGGGGAGGGGCAGAAGAAAAUACAAGGGAGGACGUUCAAGGAAGAAGUCACAGCAGAAGUGGGACGUAAACUAGGUUUUAAGGAAGAGGCAUGACCACACUGUUAAUGGCAGUGGUUCUUUAGGUUGUAGGACUGUGCUUGGUUUUUUUUUCUUCUUCCUAUCUUCCUACCCUUUUCAAAUUUUCUAUAACAAAGUUGGUAUUCUUAUGUUGUAAAAAUAAAUCGUUUUUUUUAAAGAGCAAGCAAAUUUGGAUAUCCUCUGAGAGACUUGUGAAAUUACACGGUGAUAUUAUAGUUUAUGUUCAAUUUCACAUUACCUCUGGAAGAACAAUACAAAUGCAUAAAAGUAUGGGUUAUGAAAAAAGUGUUUGUUAGAAGUGAUGGAUUAGUGUAGAUUUCCAAAGUGCCCUUGUAUAUGCGAUUAAAUUCUGGCCUUGUAGGGAGAUGUUUCGGAUGUCCCCUAGAAUUAGACCUGCCUAUUCUUUGGGCUGGUAUGGGGUGAGAGAUAAGACUUCAUAGUAUCAGAAAUAAUAAAACAUACAGUCUUAUAAAAGGAUCCAUUUUAUUAAUUCAUUGCUUUAUUGUAUUUAUACAGUACACACUCUGAGUUCAAGGUACUCUUCAGAAGAUGUAGAACAAUGGACACAUAAAUUAAAUGUGAAAAAUGGGAUGUAGAGGAGAAACAAUAAAAGGAACUUGGGAUCAAACAGUGACAAAAUAUUAGCUAGUCUAGCGGAAAUGUUUUGGAUUUUUAUGCUACUUUGCCUCGGCAAAGUUACUUCAGACUUUUUCUAAAUUAUUUUACCUGCUUUGAAAGGAGAUCCACAAUAGGUACUCCAGUGAGACUGCAGGGAAUUAGAGGAGGCUGGAGCCUGGCUUCAGCACUACAGCCAGCAUUUCAAGGCCUUCACUGCCCAUUUGGACCAUGCAAAUCAAGGCCCCAGUUGUCUCAAUGUUAGUGACAGGAGGGGCAGUCUAUUCACUUCAAUAACAGAGCAACUUCUGUGUUAUUUAUUAAGAACCUGUUCCAGCCUGAACCUCUGUAACUAUUGAUAGGUGUCAUUAUGGAUAAAUUGAAAAGUGUUUGCCCAGGCUUUCCCAAGUUUGUGAUCUGAGUGUGAAGGGAAGAGGCACUGAAGGGAAAAUUGGGUGCAUUCUCCAGGUUUUGCUGUUGUGUUAAUAUAUCUUUUCAAAUAGCUAAUGACUGCCCUUUAACUUUGCAUUUCCAUGAUCAGCAUACAACCUUAUUAUGGGACUUGGUCACUGAAAUCCAUUCUUAACUGGUGCUCUGUGCUUCCUAUUCCCACCCAGUAUCAUUAAAUUGCUUUUAGCAGCUUGAUCAGGUCAUGCCUCUACUCAAAGAUCUGCUAGUAUUCCCAACUGCCUACCAAGCCCCAUACAAAUUAAUGAGUAUGCUACUUAAAGCUCUUUGUGACCUAGCUUCUACUCUCUUUAGAUUGGUCUUGCAAUAUUUCACACACAAACCACAUUCUAUCCCAAGUGAACUGUUUUGCUGUUGUUUUUUGAAUUUCUGAGCAAGCGUUAAGGUUGUUUCCUUUCCUCUUUGGCUAUCCCAUCCCAUUUGCCUGGAAUGUUCUCACUCAUCUUCUUUCAUUUGGUGCAAUUGACAACUUUUUGUCCUGCAAAUUCCUUGAAUUAACCCAGUUAGACCUGCCUUUUCUCUUUGAGCAUUUUGGUUUUAUGUCCCUUAUGAGAGUCUCAUCACAAACUUCCUUGUCCUUGUCGUCCCUAAUAGGAAAGUCCACAGUUUUGAAAAUUUGACAGACUACUUGAUGUUUACACUUACAUGUCUCACAUAUAUUUCAAACAAAACAUCUUAAAAAUAAACAGUGCGACGUAGUUCAGGACUAUUUCUCCCUGCCAAUUUUCCUUGCCUUUGAAAAUGGCACCUCCACCCACCAAAUUGCUUAAGCCAGAAACCUAGAAAUCAUCCUCCCAUCCCCUAUCCAGCCUACUAACCAGGUCUGUCCUUGCUUUCCAAAGUAUACCUUGACUUGACUCAUUUUUUACCACAACUAGCUUAAUCCAAACUGUAGUUAUCUCACAAGGAUGGUCAUGACUUCCAACUAGACUGCUUAUUUCCACUCCAGUUUGCACAGUUGUCUUAUUACUGGGGACAGAGGGCAUGCUUUUAAAUAUAAAGCAAACGAUGCAAUGCUUAAAGACAUGAAAUAACUUCUGGUUCUUAGAACAAAUUCCAAAUCCCUUACAGUGUGCUUCUAUAAAACUGCUACCUACUUUUAUUUUGUCUCAUGCGAUCCUUCAUCAUAUGCCACUCUUUCCUCUGGCUCACCAUAGUCUUCACACUUGAAAUAUGACAAGUUCUUUGCUGCCGAGCGUUUAUUCAUAACUGCUCCCACUCUUGGAAUGCUCUCAUCUCCUAUCUUGGCAUGGCUCGCUUUUCCUCAUCCUUCCGCUCUUGGUGUAGGUGUUGCUUCCACAGGCCCUCCCCAACAGUCAUUUUUUCCUCUGUCUACUUUAUGACUCAAUUGCCGUUUCCCUGGGUCAUUUUUUAGAACUCCUUAACACUCCUCAGAGCUUAUGUAUUUGGUCAUUUGCUUUUACUCAUGUAAGAUAUGUUUAUUGGAUACCUGCUGUGCACUGUGAUACACAUUAGUGAACAAAAUAUACAUGAUCCCCGUUUACCUACCUCAACCAAUUCCAUAAGAAGAUGAAGUCAUGGCUUUUUUCUUUUUUCUUUAUUAUUA